UAGGAGGGAAAAUUUUGCACACAAAAUUACAAGUGUCCAUCACAUAUAUCUGUAUAUGUAUACGCGAGUCGUACACGUGGGAAUUGUAAUAAGUCUGUAUUUGCAAAGAUUUUUAUACAUCCUCGUUAGGAGUCCUCGUGAAAAAUAGAUCGUCACCAAACUAAGUUACCAAGGUAUACCUAUGGUGUAAAAAAUGAAGGUGAAAACAAAGAAAAUAAGUCAGGAGACUUCUAAAAUGGGAAAGAAAACCAAAACGACAAUUAACAAGAAAAAGAAUAAAGACUUGAGCAAACUGACUGCAGAGGAAUUCUUGGGACAAAAGUUUGAACACGAUAUGAGCAGUGAUGAUGGCGAAGAAAAUGGAGAUAUAAAUGAUCAGGAAAAUGGAAGCAGUAAGCAGGAGGACAGUGAUAGCUGCGAAAGUGACUUGGAUCCUGCGGAACAUAUGAAAUCGUUGAAGAAAUUAAAAGAUACCGAUCCCGAAUUUUAUGACUUCUUAAAGAAAAAUGACAAAAAUCUUUUAGACUUCAAAAUGUCAGAUGACGAAGAUGAUGACGAUGAUUUUUCGAUAAACAACGAUGAUAUGGACAUACCUGAUGAAAAGUUGGAGGUGGCCAGCGACAAUAGUGAUUAUCAACCAGAAGAAGGAGGAACUGAAGGUAGCUUGAAGAAGAAGAUCACGAUUCAAUUGCUCAAGACCUGGCAACAAGAAAUACAAACGGAUAAAUCAACAAGUACUAUCAAGCAUGCUAUAGAUGCAUUCCAUGCAGCUUUGGAGAGUGUUGCGGUAUCGCCCGAUGAUUCUACACUGUAUAAAGUAGAAGGAGGUGUAGCAUUCAAUGGCGUGAUGGAACUUUGCGUAAUGUACUUGCCAGAUGCAUUGAAACGCUUUCUGAAGCUUGACUCAGAAUCUCACGAAGCGCACAAGUCUAAAAGGUUCGCAAAGGUGCGGGGAAUUCUGAAAUUAUACCUGACGGAUUUAAUCAAGUUACUGCAAAGCGUGACCUCGUCCAGCAUUCUUAUGGUGCUUCUAAAACAUCUUCGCCAAAUGUUGCCUUACACCCAAUCGUUUUCGUCCUUGACUAAACCGUUGCUGAAGAUCUUGUUGGAGCUAUGGUCAACCGGAGAAGAAACUGUUCGCGUCGUGUCCUUCUUGAACAUAUUGCGCAUCACGACUAGUCACAAAGAAUCUAUACUCGAGAAACUGCUAAAGACCAUGUACGUGAAAUAUGUCCAGAAUUCCAAGUUUGUAUCGGCCGAUACAUUGCCAGGGAUAAAUUUCAUGAAAAAUUCUCUGAUUGAGAUUUAUCUGUUCGAUCACAAUCUCUCGUACCACCAUGCCUUUCUGUACAUUAGACAAUUGGCGAUUCACUUAAGAAACGCCGUGACACUGAAAAAGAAGGAAAAUUUCCAAGCCGUGUAUAAUUGGCAGUACAUAAAUUCCUUGCGCCUCUGGACGGACCUGGUAAACAAGACGAAAGCAAAUUCGGCGUUGCGAUCUUUGCUAUAUCCAUUAGUUCAGAUUAUUAUUGGGACGAUAAAAGUCAUUCCAACAGCGCAAUAUUAUCCCCUGCGAUUCCAUUGUGCGCAAAUGUUAAUAAAUAUCUCGAAGGAGACGAAUGUGUAUAUACCCGUACUGCCGUUUCUGCUGGAGCUACUGGAGACCUUUGAUUUUAACAAAAAGCACAAGACAGUCGGUCUGAAACCUACACCCUUAAUUUAUAUUUUGAGAUUGUCGAAAUCGCAAUUGGAGGAAAACACUUGUAGGGAUAACGUACUCGAAACUGUCUACCAGCUUAUACUGGAAUACUCGGCGAAUGAAAGCAAUAAAAUGUACUUCCCAGACUUGUAUAUUCCGUGCAUAAUACAUCUGAAAGCAUUUUUGAAAAAGUGCCACGUAGCAGCCUAUUGUAGGAAGAUGAAGCAUCUUUUGGGCCUGAUCGAGGAGAAUCGAAAAUUCAUUCUAAGCAAACGGUCCACGAUACAUUUGGAGCUGCACAACAUGGAGAAUGCCACAGAAUUGGAAAAUCAAGUCAAGGUGGAAGGCACGGCAAUAGCCAAAUUUUACGCUUCGUGGAUCAAAAUCCACGAGGCUCAGAAGCUUAAACUUCUCAAUAAAAAGGAGGACGAGUUUACCGUUCCCGUUGUGAGGAGGAAGAAACAGAAACUGGACAAGGAGGGUGCGGAGGGCAGCGAGGAGGAGAGUGAAUGUGAAUUGCGUAUAAAGGGGGUGGAGGAUAGCGAGGAGGAGAGUGAAUUUGAAUUCCGCAUAAAGGGAGCGGAGGAUACUAAAGAGAAAACUGAAAACUCAUCAAGCGAGAUCAAGACAAAGCCUGAAAAAAUCAAACAGAAGAAGAAAAGGGAGAAGAAGAAGAAGAAGAUAACUGAUGAUGCCGAGGAUAAACAAUUGCAGGAAGAAAUGCCAGAUAUUGUUCAGGAUAUAAACAGCGAUGACUGGGAUUAAAGAUAAUUGUGCGCUCUGUAAAUCGAUAACGAUGCUUCAAUAUAUGCGAUUGUACAUAUGUAUUAUAUAACCUCUCCUUGCUUGUUUC